UUCGAACAAAGGACAGUUGGCACUCUCCGAUAUAACCGACUGGCCAGGAAUCGAAGCCGUUGCCGACUGGCCAAGAAUCGAAGCCGUUGCUGAGUUUAACUUUGGCCAAGAAUCGAAGCCGUUGCUGAGUUUAGACUACGUACCGGACGGAUUGCCUGGCAAAACACCUUCAAAGAUUGGGAGAGAAACACAGUUGGCACUCUCCGAUAUAACCGACUGGCCAGGAAUCGAAGCCGUUGCCGACUGGCCAAGAAUCGAAGCCGUUGCUGAGUUUAACUUUGGCCAAGAAUCGAAGCCGUUGCUGAGUUUAGACUACGUACCGGACGGAUUGCCUGGCAAAACACCUUCAAAGAUUGGGAGUAUACAGUCAAGGUGCAACGAACUUAAAGCUCGAACAAAGGAGAACAGUUGGCACUCUCCGAUAUAA